UCGCUUCUGCUUUGCUGUCAUAAAAAAAAAACAAGUCUUGACUGAUUCAUCCCAAAAUUCCUUUAAGGCGUUAAAGGUGAGCAUAGUAUGCCCCAAAUCAACUUCCAAAGUAUCGCCGACAACAUGGCAGAGGACAACUCCUGGAAAACGCCAAGUUUCCGGCAACGUGUGGUGAAUAAAAUAAACGAAUCCAUUCAGCAAACGGGAAUGACUUCGAGUAAAAAUGGACUGGAAAUGGAGAAUCAUGCCUUCCAGAAGGCGCGCAACAAAGACGAAUACCUAAGCUACGUGGCGAAGCUAAUUCUACAUCUCCGGGAGAUGAAUACGAAGAAUAAAAAUACACAAAAUCCCGCAGGAGGAUCCCAAGAUGGUGGAAAUCCCAAUCAGUAAGGUGAAAUACCUGAUCGCUGAUGCCUGGAAGCAUAUUCGGAUAUAUAUAGUAAUAUUUCUACGAAUUUUCUAUGAAUUAAUUCCAAGAAUUUUGUGUUCAAGAAUUCAACCUGGAUUUUUUUUAUCUAUAGAUAUCUCAGAAACUUGUCCAAAGAUUCCACCAGAAAUAUCUUUAGAUUUUUUUAUGUUUAUCAUUUUAAUAUAUUUUUAUAUCCCUGAGCAAUAAUUUCUGGAAGAAUUUUUGAGCAAUUUCUGGGAAAACCCGUGAAAGGCUUCAAGAAGAAAUUCAUUUAAAAAAUCA